UGAGUAUUGAAACAAAUGAAACACAACAAACCCUAAAGCUUAAAAAUGAAAUAUGCUACCACCGCCGUCAACAACCUUCGCCGUCUCUGAAAAUGGCGUCACCUUCUCCGUACGUCUCCAGCCACCGUUACAUAUAGAGGAUAUCAAUAGCCGUGUAAAAAGGCAAUGGACCCGAGUUUUGCUGACCUACCCUCAAGCCUCAUAGAGACAAUAAUGUCACAUCUUGUCUUAAAAGAUAACAUAAGAGCUUCCGCGGCUUGUAAGUCAUGGUAUGAAGCUGCUAGAACUGUUCGGGUAGUCGAUAAGCAUCCUUGGCUAAUGUGUUUUCCUAAACGUGGCAACUUGUUUGAACUCCGCGAUCCGUUACAGUGGAAGUUGUACACUUUGGAUCUGCCAGAGUUAGCUGAAUCAACUGUGUGUUACUCGAAGGACGGGUGGUUACUUAUGCGUAAAGAUACAUCAAAAGAAGUUUUCUUUUUCAAUCCGUUUUCUCGGGAUCUCAUAAGUUUGCCAAAGUGUGAGCUUGCUUUUUCGCAGAUUGCGUUCUCUUGUCCUCCUACAUCAGAUAAUUGUGUGUUGCUAGCGAUAAAGUUGAUUCCGGCAGAUAAACUUGUCACUGUCAGCACUUGCCAUCCUGGAGCAACUGAGUGGAUUACUCAAGACUUCCCUACUUUUAUAAAACCGUUUUACAUGCUAAGCAACCUUGUCUAUCGCAGAGAUCGAUUCUAUUGCUUUAACGCAGAAGGAACUUUGUAUAACUUUGAACCAUCUCACCGCACAUGGAACUACAUUUGUGCGGAUAAACUCAGAUGCCCGUAUAUCCAUAAAAUGCACUAUGUGUUGAAUGAGAUAGCAGUUGCCUUGGUAGAGAAGAAAGGAGAGCUCUUUGUCAUGUUUACAUGCAGCAACCAGAAGCCAAUGGUGUAUAAACUAUUCUCUUUGGAGUGGAAGGAAAUGACUAGGACAACACUUGAUGGCUUGACAAUCUUUGUCAGUUUUUAUAACUCUGAGUUGAGAAUUAAUCUCCCAUGGAUGAGGAACAAUGUCUAUUUCUCAAGGUUUGGUUACAACCGCAAACAUUGUGUAUCCUACUCGUUUGAUGAAAGCAGGUACAAUCCGCGUAAGGAAUGGGAUAAAUGGGUAGAACUCUGUCCUCCUCAAAGCCUAUGGAUCGAUACGCCGAAGGACUUCUUUUGAAACGUUUUCAUAACAAGUCAUGUACAAUUGUGUUUUUGUUUACCAGAACCGGUUGCGGCUUUCGUAAAAGUCUUUUUCUUGUUAAGUUGACAUUGAACUGUUUAUGAUUAUUCUCUCUUGCGAUUGUUGAGGGAGACAAAUGUUUACAUUCACGGCACGGCCUUCAAACAUUGCAGGGCAUAAACUUGUUUCAGCAUUGCGGGUUCACACUUAUUAGCUGUCUAUUAACAUGGUUCAUAAGCUUCCCUAACUAAUCGAGGUCAGAUGGCGGCCAACAGGGUGUAUCCAUGUAUGAUGAUCUCUUAGUCACCAAAGAUUUCAACCAAAUAUCAGUCGCCUGAUGCGAAAGAUCUGUUGUUACUUCAAUGAGAGGACCUAUCCGAUUGUUGGUACUUCAAUGUGCAGUUACUCAAGAUUGAUGCAACUUUACCUCAUGCAUAUUGAAUUCUUAUUAUCAUUCCCUGGUCUAAUUUUUUGUAACUUGACAAGUUUGACAUAAAUCACAUAUCGUGGCUGUUCGUUUCGUCGCAGAUGAAACUGUUCGUUUGGUUAUCUGCGGCAAACGCAGGCAGUUGCGGCUAAAAAUUUCAGACGCUAUUUCAAUUCAGCGUCAAACGAUUAAACAGCUGCGAUAAAUGUAUCAAAUGACGAAAAUACCCUUCAUAUGUUAAACAAUCACAAAUAAACCUAAAUGACAAAAUUCAUCGUUUCUCUUCUUCUCUGACGCCGACGAUUUCGAGCUCUCUGACGCCAACGAUUUCGAGCUCGAGCUCUCUAACGCCGACGAUUUGGAGCUCUCUAACGCCGGCGAUUUCGAGCUUGUUCCCCGACGAGCUAAGUUUUAUCGCUUGUUUGAGACCAGAUUCAAGACUGAGACCAGACCAAAGACACUUAGAAAACGGUGAAUAUGAGUCAGCAAAUGCCAAGAAACUGAGACUUGAACAGUUAUAGAGACAGGUACAAAAUUGUGCAUGAGCAUGGUAAGUAGCAGAGGACUGAAUGUAGAAGAGUGUACCGUUUGUGUGUUACAUGCAAGGAGGCUGCAGGAGAAAGGAUGGAAACCGAGAUGUUUUGAAAAGAAUGAAGAAGGGAAUUAUCGGUAUCUAGGAGGUUACUGAGAAGCAAGAGAGAAGAAAGAUUGGGAUAGAAUCACUGACAUUUUAAAGAAGCAGCAACAGCAUAACACGCCCUCAUCUUCUUCAUCGUCUACCUUUCUUUAAUCAUCAAUCAUUCCAUGUUUUUUUUUUUUUGCUUUGAUAAUUUAAUACAUAUAGAAAGAUCUUCUCCAUUCCCUCAUUGUGCUUCUGUAAAAACUGGCCGGAACCUUUGUUGGUGUGUGUAUCUGUAGAUGUCAAAGAGACUUAUUAUUGGAAAUGAUGAAUUUUUCCUUAGAAUUCCAA